UGGCAAAAUGUCUGGAUAAGAUUGCUGUAGUGGAUGUGGAAUUGAUUUGUUAUUUUUAAAUUGUUAAAGGGGUUUGUGAACCAUGGCAAAAGUACUACAGCGUACCGAAAUAACACUACGAAGUUUCUAUGUAUUCAAUUCGAGUCUUGGUGAAAAGGAAGGCGAGGAGCACAAGAAGAUUCUAUUUUAUCACCCAAUUGACAUUGAAUUGAAUUCAAAGAUUAAAGAUGUGGGACUAAAAAAACGAUUAGUACAAAUAACAUUCACCAGCGAGGAUGACUGCAAGGCAUUGCAUACACAAAAGACAACACAGUUGUUUUAUCAGCCAGAGCCAGGCUUUUGGAUGGUGAUGAUGCUCAAUGUACCCAAAGAGAUUAAGCUAAAAGACGGCGUCGAGGUUGCAGACUACCGCGGUGGCGAAGUAUCAGAUCGCAUCUACCACGCCGUGCUGCGACAAUGCUAUUAUAUGUAUCGCUUUCAUCAUGGCUCGCUGCGUAGUAAAUUAACUGCCAAUCCCAAGACUGCAGAUGCUGACGAACAGCGUGAGCAGCUAAUCACUGAACUGCAAGAAUUUUACGAACGUUACUUAGGCAGUUUUAAGGAACUAGAAAGCUGUGACAUAAUGGAUAUGCUGCACUCCAUACAGUAUCUGGCGCUCGAUAAGGCGCUAUUUCUACGGGCGCACAACUUUAGCAUGCUCUGUGACACAUUCCCUUCUAUCAAGGAGUGCAUUAUGCUCUACAACGAUCAGAUUGUUUGUGGUGGCAAAUUGAGUGCCAGCGAUCUAUACAGCCUGCAUGCACAUAUACUGGCAACAACGACACCCGUUAGGGAGGGCAGCGUGGAGAGCUGCGGUGCUUUUGUGCCGCAGUGCAAAGCAACUGUGGAUGGUGUCGAGCCAUUAAGCAUUUGCGUGCAUGUUGACAUGGAAGGUCAUAUUGAACGUUACCAUUUGCUGGUAUAUCGUGCACUAAACGCUACACUCUGCCUGUUCUUAGAUGUAAAACUGGGUGCUCCGAAGCAAGACUUUUGUGAUGAGCUACACGCAUAUAUGGGCCCACAGCUGUCCAGUCUGGCUCGUGAUAUAUCUUCUGAAAUUGGUAAACUGUCUGCGGGCUCGAUCGCCGCUGGGCACGACAAUAGUUACAACGAUGCAGCACCCAAGUAUCUAUUCAUCAAUGAGCAAAGCCUAAAGCAUCAUACAAACAUCUAUCGACAUGCCAAGACCACCCAGCAUAGUAUACCCCGCAAUGUGAUGAGCAUUAUUGCCGAUUUGGCCAAUCCCAUUGAUCAAAAUGAUACUGUUGCCCCCACAGAGGAGGUGCAGGUAAAGACAACCAAUGAUUUUUGGGUUGUAAAGCGGCGCUGCAAUUGGCGCCAAUACUAUGUUAUUCUUUGCAAGUCCAAGGCAACAUUGCUCGAUGUGACGCAGGAAGCGAAGCGUAUAUUUGAACAAGAGCUUACAGAUGAUGUAUUUUUUGACAAAUAAAAAGCAGCAUCAG